UUAUCAGGUUAUUGUAAAAUAGAGUUGUAAUGUCUUCAUAUGUUAGUUAAUUUUAUUAAAAGUCAUCUCCUGACACCCGGCAUGGUGUAUCAUUGACGGUUAAAAUGAAUCAUCAACUGCAACUGGAAAAUAAAAAGUACAGGAAUUGGGUCAAGGCAGGAUUAGGAUUAAGAUAUCUCAAAGAAGGGUUAGAGCCUUUCUCGGAUGAUAUCGUAAGACAACAGCAUGUCGAUAUCCUUAACUCUGUUAAACAAACGUGCAAUGUUACUACAGUUAACUGUGGGAAUUGCAACUUAAAAACUUUAAUGCCAAACCACGUUCGAAUCAGCAGCAGGAACUGUCCUCUGGGUCAGGCUAAUUGUAACUGCUUGUAUCCAAGAGGGAAGAUUGUAUGUCCGAAUAACGUUUGUGGAGCAAUUUAUGACACCAUUGUGACUGUCCAUAACUCCAGGCCACCGGCUCCGUUUUGGAAAAACACAGAUGUCAAGAAGUGGUGCACUGAUCCGUGGGCUGUGGCUAAAUGUUUCAUUAAUGCACAGGGGUAUGCUCAAAAGACAAGUGCUGCAGAAAUCGAUUGCUCUGGAUUACUACAUGUUAUAAUUAACAACAAGAGUCUUCAUUCACAUAUUCAGUGUAUCAUAUCAGGCAAUGAUGAGUUUUGCAAGACCAGGCAAGCCAGAAACGCCAUAUUUCACUCGGUAACUAUGGAGUUAGAAGAUUCUGGGGUGAACGACUACAUCGAUGAUAUGAUAGCUAUUCUCGAAGAUGGUAAAGAAUUGCAUGCACGGCCAGAAUCAGUAGAAGCAGUUAAGAAAUUACAAGAGAUAAAGAAUGAUGCGUUUAUUAUUACAAAGGAGACAGAAAGAGAUGUUAUCAGAGCAGCACAUAUAGCUUUUGAUCAGAAGGGAAAAGAACUUGAGCAGAAAAUUGCAACAGCCAUUGCUAGUAUAGAGAUGAAAUCUAAAGAGGGAACAGAAUCCCGUGAAAAAGCAAAAGCUGAAUUUUUAGAAACUUCUCGAUCCGCAGAAAAGAAACUUGAUAAUAAAACAAAAGUUGCUAUUGAGAAAAUACAGUCGUGCGAAACGUCAUUCCUACAGAAAACGAAGAAUAGUACGGACAACUUGCAGAAUAUUACAGAGGAAAGUAUAGAUCAAAUAAAAACUGCUGGGGAGGCAACAAUAAGAAAAAUUCGGGAUGCUAUCAGACUUCCAACAAUUAAAGAAGCCACUUCAUUGAAACAAACACAGGAGAAGAAGUCUGGAGUUAGGUUUGAGAGCAUGCCAAGUAUGAUUCGGCAACAAAAACACGAGACAAAUAUAUAUCAUCGAGAAAAAAUUAUGCCUCAACAGUACGGCGAAGAUUAUGAACGUAAAAAGCGAGGUAACAACUUUUACAUUACAAUACUGAAAUAG